AUGGAGGGUUCGAAGUUCCGGGUUAUAAUUGUCGGGGGCUCAGUGACAGGCCUUGUGCUUGCCCACUGUCUCAACCGCGCGGGUAUAGACCACCUCAUCCUCGAGAAAGGGAGCGAGGUAGCGCCAGAUAUCGGUGCAUCAAUCGGUAUCAUGCCUAAUGGAGCCCGAAUCCUGGAACAACUCGGGUUCUAUGAGAAAAUCGAGCGAUGCAUUGAGCCAAUGAGUACAUCCCAUAUUACAUUUCCAGACGGCCUUGCUCUCGAAAGCCGGUAUCCACAAGACAUUCAUGAGAGGUUUGGGUACUCAGUUGCGUUUUUAGCGAGGACAGAGUUCCUCAGAAUCGCGUACGAAUCAUAUCCAGAGAAGACGAAGGUUAUUACUGGAAAAAGGGUGACCGAAGUAAAACAUUGCCAGGGAGGAAUCUGCGCAGUUACAGAUGAUGGCAGUGUGUACCAGGGAAGCCUCGUUGUAGGCGCUGAUGGUGUUCACAGUCGGAUCAGAUCUGAGAUGUGGCGGAUGGCCAAUAAAGACGCACUUGAGUCUAUAUCAGAUAAAGAAAAGAAGAGUAUGACUGUGGAGUAUGCGUGUGUUUUCGGAAUCUCAUCGGGGAUAAAGUGUCUUGGGGAUGGAGAACAGGUCAACGCAUUCCUAGAUGGGGCCGCAGUUUUGAUGAUACAGGGUAAGGGUGAUCGUACCUUCUGGUUUCUUUUCAAAAAGCUCGACCAGAAGUACGUCUAUCCGGAUGCCCCCCGGUUUUCAAUGGAUGAUGCGGAGAAACUCUGUAGCGAAAUGAAAGACGUGCGGCUCUACCAAGAACUCUGCGUUGGCGAUCUCUGGAGAAAUAGGGAAAUUGCUGCAAUGACUGCAGUGGAAGAGGGGCUGUUCAAGACUUGGUUUUAUGACCGGAUGGUGUUGCUGGGGGAUAGCAUCCACAAGAUGGCACCGAACUUCGGCCAGGGAGCAAACUGUGCCAUUGAAGACGCCGCCGCUCUUGCCUCGUUACUCCAAACAUUACUUCGUGGCAACCCGACUCAGCAACCCUCGCUCGUGCAAAUCCGGAAUACGCUCCAGGCGUACCAGGAUAAACGAUACCCUCGUGUCCGGGGCAUAUAUGAUGAUUCGUGGACCGUAUGCCGCAUCCAUUCCCGGGAUGGUCUUCUGAAUAAACUGGUCGGUCGAUAUUACACUCAAUGGAACACGAGUUUACCAGCCAAUAUCGCCUCGAAAGUCUUCGCGGGUGGAGAGACCCUCAGCUUCCUGCCAGUACCGGUACGCUCAGGUCGAGGCUGGCAAAGUCGUAGUAGAAGCGGGAAAUAUGGGGUUUGGUCAUAUACAGUCUUGUUCGUGUUCAUUGCUAUCUUGGCGCAGGGGUUUAUUUCGUUCUCGGAUGAACUUCUUUUUCUAAAGUGA